UUAAGAGUGUACAGAGUUUAGACACAUACAACACUAUAAAUAAACACUGGUAUCUUAAAAACAUUUAUGGCGCGACCUGGAUAUAUUAGGACUUUGACAAAAACGAAUACAGAUAUAAGGAGUUACUUCCCUUCAUACAUAUACCGGGAUUGAUUACGGGAUUCAAAGAGUGUUACGACACCUCUUUAUAAACACAGCACUAUGGUUUUUAGAUUCAGUGUUUUCUAAGAACACAAUGUGAUGUACAGCUGUUAAAGAUGAUGAUGUUAAGAAUCUCUGCAGCUUUGCCUGCAAUUGUGAGAGUGCUACCAAUGGGCAACAUCAGGUGCAGCAGGUUCCAGACUGGACAUGUUCAGCCAGUGAGAGAACUCACCACCACUAUAGACAAUGAACAGUACUAUACAUUACCUGUAUUAUUCCAAACCCGAACUCCUGGAGAGAGGAUGACAUUGGAUAUCGGUGUUUGGGAAGUAUGCCCAUCAACCAUGACAGCCAGCACUCCACUUGUUGUUGCAGUCCAUGGAGUACCUGGAUCGUCCCAGGACUUUGACGUUAUAGGGAGAAAACUUGCAGGACAUGGCAUCAGGGUGGUAGGGUUAGAUUUCCCAGGGUUUGGAAAAAGCAGACUUUUGGGACAAGAUAUAUAUCACCUUGACCAUAGCACAGAAGGGAAGUAUGAAAUGCUUACAACUAUCCUGGACACUCUAGAUAUCACAAGAGUUGAUGUGCUGAUGGGACACAGUGCAGGUACUUGGCUGAAUUACAAAGUCGCAGCUGACUCUAACCUCGUCAAAUCAUCUGUUUUUCUAAACCCUCUUUCGAAAAGAUACCAUAGAUCUCUUCGUCCAUUUGUGGCAGUCAAACUUCUAGCAGCGCUCUUAAGAACCUCCUUUCUCCACUCAACAUUCUUAAGAUGUCUUCCCUUCAUUUACAAGGUUUUAGGAUUUGUGUUGGAGGAAGACGCAUUUCCAUCACUGCCAAUUGCUGUGGAGUCAGUGAGAUAUCCUAAUUUUGACAAGAUGCAGGCCUAUGCUGAAACUGCUGCAGCAAGAAAACACCCAUUUGUAAUGGCCAUAACACGAAAUGACAAGAUUGGAGAAUGGAACUUUGGCAUGGAAAUGGCAUAUCAUAUGGGUAUUGAAGCAGGGGAGAUAACUGAGCACAAGAAUGAUGUUGCGAUAUCAGGUGAAGAUGUAGGAAAAUAUGAUGACACCGUCUACAGACGAGUGCUGCUGUUUGAGAGAGGAGGUCAUCUGGUACACAGAGCCCAUGAGGAGGAAGUCAUCAAGCACACACUACAGCUGUUGAGAGUUGUUAGUGGCCAGAAAUCCUGACAGGAUAUCACCUUUUAGUUUGCUUGCCAACAAUAUUAGUGUUAAAUGUGCCAUAAGUUUUUGUGCAGGACUUAUUUUAAUAAUGGAAUUGUUUGAAGUUUCCCAAAUAAGUGAUUACAUUUGUUUUUUAUGAUUUUUAUGGCAAACAUUUUAAAUUUAAAACAAACAAAAAAUGUGAAAAGAAGCAUAUCAUGAGCUGAUUUAUUUUUCUCGUGGUGUUGAUUUUGAGUGUUUUAUUUCAGACCUAAAUCUACAAAAUUACGAUAAUUUUUUGUUCAAUGGAGGAUCCGUUUUCUUAAACAAGACAUUUGAUUUGUUUUAUCUGAAUAAAGAAAAGCUUACAUCAUAUAAGAUACUAAUACAUAUGUGGUAUAUGAAGGUUUUUGUGAAUCUAACUGAAUUUUACCUAGCUCUGAUGUGAUAUAUUUAAUUCAAAUAUCAAUUUUAUCUAUCUUACAACAGCUGUGAAACAAGUUCUUUCAACUUAUACUAAUCAAUUUUGUUGGCCUAGAUGUAUUGUGGGCGAAAACCAGAGUACAGAGGAAAGCCCUCAUGGUUGUGCAGGUGACACCUUACCUGUUCCCGUUCUGUAAAGCGAACCUCGAACACCUUAGUGAAAGGCAGCCAAACCACCAUUAUAUUUAAUACUCUAUGCAAGUUAACACUCAGGGGUAUUUUUGCUUUCCCAUAAAGAGCCAAAAGUACACAAAAUGUGGGCACUCUAUAACGUAAAUAAUUUAUUCACUAAUGUAGUGAAAUGGAUCUUCCUUGAAGUAUACCCCUUUAUUAUGCUGAAGUUCUGAAACUUCUAUAUAUAUAUACACUUUUCUAUUACUCUCUAUGUAAGUCCAGUCUACUUAUUAUAUCGAUUAUGGAUAUUGAUACAUCCCCAAUGAAUGGCAAGCUUGAUUACAGCACUCAAAAGCACUGGAUAUGAAUCCUUUUUUUUUAUUUACUACAAACUGUGAUGGAUAUGUGAUAUGCAAUGGAAUUGAUAUCAUGAAUAUAUGGAGAUUACAUUUAUGUAUAACGCUUUCAAUAAUUACUUCAUAAUACUGCUUUUACUAUUUAUAGAAUAAGGUGCUCACAUUUUGUGUACUUAUGGUGUAGAAAUAUUUAGUUAGUUGUCCAGAAGAUGCCUGGUAACAGCCAAACCCAUAACAGAAUAAAUUUAUAAAUCUACUGUGAUGCUCUCACCUGAUUUCUCUAUUGCACAAUCACCCUGCAUACUUCUGGGUGUCCAGCUGAUGAAAAAUGACAUUGUCAUUCCACCAGUCAUAUACAUCCUCCAGAAAAGGAUUGUCUUGCUUUUGAUUGGGGCACUGUUUAACAUGGGACUCGGAAUAUAGAAGUCAUUCAGGGUUUGUUGAUCAGAUAACUUGUUUACACAACACUCCUAGGUUCUCUGGGGGUUUUUUUUGGCCACUGGUGGAACCUUAUUAUCAUGAGUAGUUUCAUUUAUCCUCAACUAGAGUUUUCAGACUUCCACAUUCUCUUUUAAGUCACCAGAUCUCUGGACAAGAUCACCUCUUUUGGUGACAUUGGACACAUUUUCCCCAGUAUUGAUAAAAUAAUGGUACACUUUAUUGUAAACGAAUUGAAUGAAAACAUAUUUGUCAGUACCUCAUAUAUCUGUACCAUAAAACUGGACAUUUAUAGAUGCUUGUAAACAGCACAACACAAACCUCCUGCUAUGUGACUUGCAGAUUUACUUCAUAGAUAUAAUAUGUAAAUAAGCUAUGAGUAUUUAUAUCAAAUAUUUGUUUUGUAUGACAGAUGUUUUACACUUUGUUUGUCCACUGUAUAUUGGGAUAGUUUCACCCAACCUUAUUUUUGCUUGUAUACCAUUAUACAGGAAUUCACCACAUGUUCGUUUCACCCUCUGAGGGAUACAUAAAGUGGUUAUAUAUAAGUGUAACAAAUUUUCACCCAUCUUAAAUUGAAUUAAAUUAAAAAAAGAGGCAAAAAUAAAAUGGGCCAAACAUUCCUUGGUAUAUAGUACUUUUCCAUAUCAAUGCAAAAUAGUUAUAUUUUUCUGAAUAAAAAAUUUUGAAGUUUA